AGCUCUCUUUGUUUUACCAGGAAGCUCUUCUAGCGACCUCAAUCUCAAUGUCAAAGCAACCUUCCUGUUAAGAGUCCUAAAAGUGCCACCAGUAUCUAAUACCUAAUAUGACCAUGUCGAACGAGUCCCUUUUUUCACUGCUUCAAAACUGCCUCUCGGCCUCAAGCAAAGCCUAGCGUGGACGUGGGACAGUGGUGAACUCAGAGACGACUUAGACGACAAAGAGCAGCAGCCCCGUAAGAAGUAUUGCAGCCUAAGAAAGCGUCGCUUUCGCGAUCAUCUCUCAGCCUGGUGCUCUACAAGACUCAGCGAGGUGAUGGAAUUUUCAUGAACAAGAAGAUUCGUUUUUAAAUUUAUUUAGACGAUUCCUCUUCCUGCUCAUUGUAACGCACUCCUACACGUGAUCGUGCUACCUGGUGAUUUAGUUCGAGGAGCUGCAGCACAGCGAGCAGCGCAGCUGGAGCUGCAGCAAUGGCCUCUUCCUCUACUAGUGGUGGGGUGCUUGCGCAACCCGUAGAUCUCGAUCUCGAUCGUCGACAUGCGAGUACAACCGCAAGAGAGGCUACUAGUACUGCCUCUCAUAGCCAUGUUCAUGAUCAUGAUCCGGAAGAGUCGUGUGACAAAGAGAUUGAUCCAGCAUCAGUAGCAACUACUGCAGACGAACACGCAAAACCUGUAGGAGCCCUUGUGGUCCCGCCUUCAUGCGGCAGAAACGAUGCUCAG